AAGCCUGAGGCCACACAGUGAUGCACAGCUGCAUAGCCUGGGGACACAACGGCCCUGCCCCAGCCUCUGCUUCCCCUGCCGGCAGCUCAGACCAUGGGAGGUCCCCGCUUCAGCGUCUUUCUCGUCCUACGUGCGCUGUGGAUCUUGCUGGUUCUGUGGGAAGAUCGACCUCGGAACACCAGCGCCUCUACCCCCAUAGCCUGUGCUCGCUGGUGUCCCCCGCACUCCAUAUGUGUCAAUGCCACUGCCUGUCGCUGUCUUCAAGGAUUCAGGUCUUCAUCUAGGGAGAUUGUCACCAACCCCAUGGAGACUUGUGAUGACAUCAACGAGUGCAGACCACCCUUGUCAGUUUCUUGUGGAAAACUGGCAGAGUGCAAGAACACACAGGGGAGCUACUACUGCGUGUGCACCCCAGGAUACAGGCUUGUUUCUGGAGCACUGAAUUUCAGUCAUGAGAGUGAGAACAUGUGUCGAGUCAUAGACGAAUGCCACCUGGACCCUGGAAUCUGUAAAAGCCGCCGCAUCUGCAUCAACACCCAGGGCAGCUACACCUGCAGGUGCCCGCCGGGGUUGGAGGCCAACCCAGAGGACCCGAAGCUAUGCAGAGAUGUGAAUGAAUGCACCUCAGGGCAAAACCCCUGCCACAACUCCACGCACUGCCUCAAUGUCCGGGGCAGCUACAACUGCCGCUGCCGCCCUGGCUGGAAGCCAGUUCCUGGGUCCCCCAAUGGCCCAAACAACACCGUCUGUGAAGAUGUGGACGAGUGCAGCUCCAGGGAGCAUCAGUGUGACAACUCCACCUUCUGCAUCAACACUCCUGGCUCAUAUGUGUGCCACUGCCUCCUAGGCUGGGUGCCCAAACCCGGAUUCCUGAAUAAACAAAGGACUACCCAGUGUGAAGAGAUCUUCCCCACCUGGACCCCUAGCACUGGAAUCACGAGCCAGAGCCUGUCCCGCUUCUUUGAAAAAGUUCAGGACCUGGGCAGAGACUUCAGGCCUGCCUCAGCCAAGGACACCAUCAAGUAUGUUAUUGAGGCAUUGGAUGAGCUACUGGAAGUCCCUGGGGACCUGGAGGCCCUGACCCUGCCUGACCGGCACCGCUUAGCCACCUACCUGCUAUUGUACCUGGAAGAAGUCCUGAGGACCCUGACCAAAAUCAUACCUGAACCCUCCUUCACCUACCAUUCUCGUUUGGACACAGAGCUGUCCCUGGUGAUCCAGGAGCAAGGGAAUGGAACCAUCACCCUGGGCCAGAGCCACGCACGGAUGCAGCUGAACUGGGCUGAGGCAGUUGGCACUGGGGAGCCAGGCCCCACCCUGGCAGGCUUAUUCUCCAGCCGCAACAUGCAGAGAUUGCUGGCCAAUGCUUCCCUGGAGCUGGACCCUGAGAAGAAAGCCCAGCUGGAAAGCACACAUGGAGGUCCUGUUGGUGGUGGCCAGCCCAGGCUCCUCUCUGCUGUCAACAUGGUCUUUCUGAGCAACAAGAACACGGAGAAACUAGGCUCCCCUGUCAACUUCUCCUUCUCCCACCCUGAGGAGAAGCCCCGUUCACGGCAGGAGCUAAUUUGUGCCUUCUGGAAGGGCGACAGUGACAGUGGUGGGUACUGGGCCACCACAGGCUGCUGGAAGGUGGGCAGCAAGAAUGGCAGCACCACCUGCCGAUGCAGACACCUGAGCAGUUUUGCAGUCCUCAUGGCCCACUAUGAGGUGGAGGACCUGAAGUUGACCCUGAUCACCCAAGUGGGACUGGCGCUGUCACUGGUCUGCCUGCUGCUGUGCAUCCUCACCUUCCUGCUAGUGCGCCCCAUCCAGGGCUCCCGCACCACAGUGCACCUGCACCUCUGCAUCUGCCUCUUCCUGGGCUCCGCCAUAUUUCUAGCAGGCAUUGAGAACAAAGGCAACCAGGUGGGGCCGAGCUGCCGCCUGGUGGCCGGGCUGCUGCACUACUGCUUCCUGGCCGCCUUCUGCUGGAUGAGCCUGGAGGGCCUGGAGCUCUACUUCCUCGUGGUGCGAGUGUUCCAGGGCCAGGGCCUGAGCAAGCGCUGGCUCUACCUGAUUGGCUACGGCAUUCCCGGGCUCAUCGUGGCCAUCUCGGCAGCGGCCUAUCACGAUGGCUAUGGCCGCGAGAGCUUCUGCUGGCUAAAAACCGACCGCGGCUUUGUCUGGAGCUUCAAUGGACCUGUGGCCUUCAUAAUUUUGUGCAAUGCUGUCAUCUUUGUGACGACUGUCUGGAAGCUCACUCAGAAGUUCUCUGAGAUCAACCCAGACAUGAAUAAAUUAAAGAAGGCCAGGGUGCUGACCAUCACGGCCAUCGCACAGCUCUUCGUGCUGGGCUGCACGUGGGCCUCUGGCCUGUUCCUCUUCCAAUACGGUAGCUACAGCCAUGUGCUGGCCUACAUCUUCACCAUCCUCAACUGCUUUCAGGGCCUUUUCCUCUUCUUGCUGCACUGCCUCCUCAACAAGAAGGUGAGGGAGGAGUACUGGAAGUGGGCCUGCAUGGCCACUGGAAACAAGUACUCAGACUUCACCACGUCCACAUCCAGCUCCAGCCACAACCAGACUAAGGUCCUCAGGACGUCAGAGUCUGGCAUGUGACCACAAGUUCUAGCCAGGCCAGCAGCUCCUGUGGCCUCCUCAGCAGCUUUUGCACAUGCCAAAGACUAUCCCCUCCUUUCCCACUACCCUGCUCCCUCCACCCUCCUUGGAGAGGGGGAGUUGAUAGUUGUUCUGUGGCACCAAACCUAGGAACACACAGCCAGGGUGGAAUCGGACCCGAUGGACCUGCUUGUGGCUGCCUCUGCUGCACUCCAGCUGGGACCCCGGGUGGGCAGGAGCUGGCCCAGGGCGACAGCCUCUUGCCCUGGUACACAAUGCCCGGACAGACAAGCCUCCUGUGCCCACCUGGCCUCCCACUCAUCUGUCUGCUACAAAUCAAGAGGCCAAGGUGCUGAGGUUCAACUUUUCCUGUUAAGCAAAGACUGAGGUUAAGGAUGGGAGAAGGGCAUUACUGGCCCUGCUGCCUGUGGCUCACGGUACAGAGGCCAGUCUGCCUCUUUGGCAGAGGGUUCUCACUGUUUUGAAGGUGGUGGAUAUUGUGUAAUUUUUUUUUUAUUACCUGUAUAAACUUUUCAAUGUUGACACUUAAA